CCUCAGCUUUCCUGCGCGUCGUUUACAGAUAUCGCGAGAGCGACAGUUGAGGUUAGCAGCAGGCUUAGGAAGAGACGGGAGAGAAGGUAAGCGGAGGAGGCUGCAUCAUGGCGGACAGAGACAGCGGUAGCGAGCACGGUGGUUUCGCCACAGGCCCCGGUGGUGGCCCGAUGCACCAGGAGGCGAUGGGCGCCUCAUCGCGGCUCCAGCAUGACACGGAAGAGCUGGCGUCCAAGCGCGUUGACAUCCAGAACAAACGCUUCUACCUGGAUGUGAAACAGAACGCCAAAGGCCGCUUUCUGAAGAUCGCCGAGGUCGGGGCUGCGGGAAACAAGAGUCGCUUGACCCUGUCUAUGUCAGUAGCCGUGGAGUUCCGAGAUUACUUGGGUGACUUCAUCGAGCACUACGCACAGCUGGGCCCCAGCCACCCGGACACGGUGCAGGACGAGCCGCGGCGAGCGCUCAAGAGCGAGUUUCUGGUGCGGGAAAAUCGAAAGUACUACAUGGAUCUGAAGGAGAACCAGAGGGGGCGGUUUCUGAGGAUCCGACAGACCGUGAAUAGGGGCCCCGGCUUGGGCACGGCGCAAGGCCAGACCAUCGCUCUCCCGGCGCAGGGGCUCAUCGAGUUCCGCGACGCUUUGGCAAAGCUCAUUGAUGACUAUGGCGUGGACGAGGAGCCAGCGGAACUGCCCGAGGGCACGUCGCUCACCGUGGACAACAAACGCUUCUUCUUUGACGUGGGCUCAAACAAGUAUGGCGUGUUUAUGCGGGUCAGCGAAGUGAAGCCGACAUACCGCAAUUCCAUAACUGUGCCGUGCAAAGUGUGGUCCAAGUUCGGUGCCACGUUCUGCAAAUACGCGGAUGAAAUGAAGAAGAUCCAGGACAGGAACAGGGAGAGGAGGGCGCGCGAGCUCUUACCGGAGGCCCUGCACGGUGAUGACGGCGAUGAGGAUUAAUGGACGUGACGCUUAACGGCGAGUAAGGAAUACAAAGAUGAGACGACUACAGACCAUGUAAACAAAAGUUACUGUAAAAGAAAAGGAGCGAUGAGAGAUUUCAAGUGGAUCGUCAUUCACACAACACACAUAGAUUUACAGUUGCAUCACUUCGUUCAUCCACCGGUUAUUAUCCAAUUACUCAACCAUAUAACAGUAAGCCGCUGCUAUCAAUAACACGAUCCACUAACUGCGUCCCAGACGGUCAGAAUGUCAUAAGUCGGAGUGUGUCUAUUUACCCAUGCGUUUUUGUACACGUCUAAACUAUUAAACAGUACUGUUCCAAAGUGCAAAUUGAAAAGAAAAAAAGGAAAACAGAAAUGCUAAGACAUUCUAGCUUAAAGCUACUGUAUUUGGGAAUUUGUGAACCAAAUUUUUAAUAUGAUAAAAAGGAAAUCUCCGUUUGAAGGUACGUUGAAGAUGAAGGUUUAAGAUGCUGUAGGUGUUGUGAGCUCUGCGCACAGUCCGUCUGCUGAAAGGAUGUCCAUCCCGACCGACCCGAGGCAUGUGAGGAACUCGUGCAGUUGUAAUCAUAUGCCUUUAUAAAAGCAUAAAGACCAAAGGAGAUCGUAUUAGCUCGUCAUGCAACAUUUGUUCUGUACUCCAGGUUUAGAAAGGAGAGUAACAACGCAGUGAAGUCGGGGGUCGGAGAGACUAUUAUGCUAUUAUGACCGAUAAACGUUUAUUUCUAUUAAAUACAUCAACCCUGUUGCACCAUGCACAGCAAAAUCCACAAUGUUGAAGCCACAGUGCUCAUUUCAUUCCUCUGAACCCAAAUGAGCAUGGUGUCAGUUCAACGCUGGGGAUUUUGCUGUGGGCCCACUGCCGUUUGGGCACGUUUCAUUAAAGUGCUAACUUAGAAAUACAAAUUUAUGAUUUUGUGAAUCAGAUGUAUUUAGAUUCUUAUUAAAAAAAAAUACCCACGUUUUCUGUGGGAUUUUCUUUCUUUUUUCUGUUGUUGGGGUGUUGGGGUGGGUGGUGGGGGUGUACUAAAACAAAAGGAGCUGUUCUACUAGUGUGAGCAUGCGCAGAUGUGUGGUGCCCCUGUACGGUGUGGCCACUACAACAUCCAAAACCAACCUGGUGCCUUAAUGCUUGCCACACGUUUACAUGCUUUAUGUGUCAUGCGCUUUUGAUCGCUGUUUGUCUUGCUUCUCACAACAUCCCUGUUGCUGUGCCACUUGUGGUGCUUCUAAAGGACUUUUUUGAACAAGCCAAACUCUACAGAGGCUCACGGGUUUCUCUUCUCUCUGCGUUCACCUAGGAGCACAGAUGAUGAUGACGAUGAUGAUGAUGAUGAUGAUGAUGAAGUGUGUUGAUGUAAACAUGGGUUAAGUCACACUGAGGCUGUGGAGGUUUGCUCCUUGUGCUCCUGAUUUAAAAAAAGUCCUUUGUUAGUGAAAAAAAGCCGUUAGGGAGACACCUUGCUGUCUAUGGCUCCAGCCCUGUGUUUUGCUCUUUGGGAUUAUGGCUGUAGGCCUGUAUAUGUUUGUAUGGUGCUAAUAAACCCCACUCGCCCGUUUACCUGUUUUGUCAGCCUUGCAAUUCUGACAUUCAAUUAAAUUUUGUCAGCCGCACACCACAUGUUGCUAUUCCAAAUUCUGCUAACAAAGUCUAUAGUGCUAGCGUUUCAGCCAGGGUUGCCAUAAAUAGGGAUAUAUUGAUAGAUCCAACAGACAUGAGUAGACGGGGGCCUUGGAAACAAAAGUGACCCAGGAAAACAAACUCUUCAUAUCUGGGGGUCUAGUGCAUGAACCUGUCCAAGAGCUUGUACUGGCACCCCUGGGUGAAGCAUCUUGUGCAAUAUUGUAGGUUAUAUGCCAAGACCUGCAUUCUCUCUGUGCGAUGUGGAUACAGCAUUGUGUCUUACCUAAAUAUGUGUGAACACAUGAGAAAUCUUUUAUGUUAUUGCUAAAUUUGUGACUGUUCUGACUGUUCCAUGCUGCUUAGUUCAAAGGUGGCUCUCCGUUGACCAUAUGCAGAACAUGUGCUUUUUUUUUCUGCCGGUUGCUUAGCAGCCACGUACCCGUGACGCAUGUGACGUUAAAGGCUGUCAAUGUCAUGUUAAACAGCUUAGUUUGGAGCUUCUCAAGCAGUUGAGAAUUGUUAGGUUGCUCAAUUUCUCUCUUUUAAUGGCACAAUGCUUCCUGUAUAAAGUCUUAAAUAUUUAUUUAAGAAAAAAUUCUAUUUGAAUAUUUUAUUAUAAAAAAAAGAAAUCUCGUAAAAUAUGACAUUAGUGCUGUUCAGCAACGUGGCAAGAUAAGUGUUCUUUUGUUAGAGCUAGAAGAUCGUGCUAAGAUUUGACAGCUGGUGUUUAUUCAAUACCUGGGAGAAAGAGAAAUGCAGUCAGGCUUGCGUGUUGUGUUUAGUGAGUCUGUGAACACCACAACGACCUGCUGACUCAGUGGGGUUUUCCAUUGGAGGACUCCCCUUUAUUAGGCCUGUACAAUCUUACAGACAACAUGGCUGCAUAUUUUCCUUUCCAGCCAAGCAGGAGCAGUAACUGAAGGCUUCAAUAAAUUGAUUUAACUUUGUGGCUCCUGAUUGGUUGGACCUUUACCCACAACGGAUGUCUGGGGAUAAGAUUAGAGACCUCUGUCCUAGGAGGUAUCCUCAACCUGCUAAUGAUGUGAGCACAAAAGAGCACUUUCUCACUCUGCCCCCCCUUCUUCUCAGCCUGGUUAUGUUUGGUGUAGAUUAUGCACUCCUCAAGAUGUGAGCUUUGUUGCUACACUUCUCACUUCUAAUGCAGAAGCUAUUUAAAUUUCUAUGUAUAGACUUUUCUCUAUUUUCUGGACUUUCCAUCUCCCUUUUGGGCGGUCAAGUUCAUUUUUUCCUAUCACUGCCCUGAUGUGAUUACCAAACUCUUCGAUGUGUGCCACAAAUGCAGUGACAUGAUCAGUUUGAUUAAGCUUCUUGUUUUUACACAAGACACUAACACAACUCAAAACUGGAAAUAAAAUCAAGACCUUUUUGCCCAAAAGGGUGUUUUCCUUGAACAGAUCAUUGCAAUCCUAAACAAAUCACAAAUAUACAGAUUGUUUUGCACUCAAAAGAUGUAUCUCUCAAUCAAAUGCACGUUUGUGUAUGAGGCUAAUUUGUUGGUGAAAAAGGAACUAUAGUCCAUUCUAAAGGUGCUAUUAAGUACUCAAUGCCUCUGUGAUUUCACUUUCUGCCUGAAAAACUGGCAGCGUUCCACUAAGAGUGUUCAACAUCACUCACUCCACACCAGCAAAGUUCUAGCUUUGCUUCCAAUCAACAUAGCGCUAUUUACUAAAAGGUGUACAUGCACUGUGGUAAAUAUAGAUAAAGAGCAAAACACACACACACAUGUAGUACUCUUGGUUCAUAUACAGGAAUGAAUCCUGAACGGUGCUCCAUCUGUGAGGUGGGGAACCUGAGUUAAGCUCAACAUAUUUCCUGUUAGUGGUGCUUCUUAUAUUGUCGUCUUUACUUAACUGUUAGUGUGUGUGUUUCUUACCAUCUUUGCUUUAUAGCUGUGUGAUGAAUUUAAAGCUCUGAUAUACAGGAAUGAAACCAGACUUAACAUUAUAUCACCUAGAAAGAGACAAGUAGGAUGUCCUGUGUGUGUGUGUGUGUGUGUGUGUGUGCGUGUGCAUGUGUGUGUGUGUGUGCAUGUGUGUGUGUGCAUGUGUGUGUGCAUUGAUGCUAGUUUUCAGUUCACUUUCCUGAAAUCACCAUCAGAUGCAGUUCUCAUGUUAUGGUCCUGAUGUGUCACAAGCUUAAGGCCUUGACCAGACUUGCUAAACAUAAACACAUUUGCAUAUUUCUGUCUUUCUACAUACAAAUAGAUUGUAUAGGUUUUGGGUUCAAGAUAUUUUGGACAAUAGGGAUGGGUUUAGUGUGAGAGGAAUCAAUAGGAAAUAAAAAGGAAGAUCCCUACAUAUCCCAUGUUCCAUCCCUGUUUUAUUCUCUAUGAAAUGUGUUGUACUGAAAAGAUUAAAUAUAUGACAUGUAACGUGUGUGUGUGUGUGCACAUAUAUAUAUAUAUAUAUAUAUAUAUAUAUAUAUAUAUAUAUAUAUA